AUGAACCCUCGUCAAGCAUCCCUUAGGUCUAGUAAUCGCGCAUCUGGAUCCACAUCCAAGCGGCCCUUACCCGAUGACACCGGAGAUCGCAAAAGAAAAUCACAACCACGGAAGAGAUCCAAGAAGCCGGCUCAAGCACAAGCGCCUCACACCAGUGAACCCGAUAUCCUCCCGACCUAUGAAGUGUUAUGGAAAUCAUCGGAGGCUUCAGCUUACCAUCGAGCGCUUCUCUUGAAGCAAAGCCAGAAACGAGAACUAAGUGACCUCGACCAAUCCCUCUCAAAGACACCCUUCUCGAGAUCUGAAGAAGAGCAAUCCGAAGACGCAAAAGAAAGGCUGCUGAGAGUCCUGCGAUGGAAGUUGCUUCGAGGUCGCUUCCGGGCCACUCUGCCUGCUCUGGUUUCUCAGAACUCGACUGAAGACGUCGAAAGGGUGGUCAAGAACGCCCUGGAACAGCUGGGCAGUUGUCAGACUAUCGAUCAGCUCUUGCACUCCGGUGCUCUCGCCACAAUGUGUGAGCUCAGAGGGAUCGGGCCAGCCACGGCAGCCGCAUUCCUAUCAUUCGAAGCGCCGAGUCUGAUUGCCGUCUUCUCGGACGAAGCGGCCUCGUUCUUCGAAAACAGGCUGGGCCUGAUCAAGUACACCCUUCCGUUCUACACAAGCUUUGUGGAGUGCAUGCAAGCGAAGCUUCAGGAGCUCGCCAAACUGGACGGUAGUUGGGACUUGCGUCGGCUGGAAAGGGCAUUGUGGACCCAUCAAGUGCUCAGAAAGCUUCUCACCGACCAGGAAUGGACGCAGUUCAUCCACAUCUCAGAUCUCCAGCCCGAGCCAUCCAACAGCACGGCUUGA